AUGAAUAACAAGAUAAUGAUGAUGAUGAUUAUGCUAGUCGCUGGAGGGCAUACAUUGAAUAUUAUUGGUGCGUAUGCUCCACAAAAAGGCUUGGAUGAGGAGGUCAAAAAGCUCUUUUGGGAUGAUUUGGAUAAGGUUGUGAGAAGAAUACCUGACAUCGAGAAGAUUUUCAUUGGUGGGGAUUUCAAUGGACAUAUUGGAGCAACUUCUAGUGAUUUUGAUAGGGUUCAUGGUGGCUUUUAUUUUGGGGAUAGAAAUGGUGACGGAACCUUACUCCUUGACUUUUCUAAGGCCUUCAAGAUGAGGAUCAAUGGGGAUGCAGAUAGUAUAUUGGAGAAGACAACUAGUUGCAUUAGUGAGACAGCUAGAGAUGUGCUUGGGUUGUUGAGGGGAAAGUUCGGUGGCUGUCCAGUGGAUUGGUGGUGGAAUGGAGAAUUUCAAGGCAAAGUGGAAGCUAAGAAGGCAGCCUAUAAGAAUUGGGUGGAAUGGAGGGAUGUGGAAGAGAGAGGACGAAUAAGGAGAUCAAUAAGGCAGCUAGGAUAA